AUGAUCUCCUCAAGAAUGAUGGGACGAGUGCAUUGCAUGGUUUAUGUCGUGUUCUUGAGUGCCAUCGCGGCUACAGUGACAGCAUAUCCUUACUCCUUACCUCAAACACCCCAAUACAGUUCUCCGGUUCACAAACACGAAUCACCUUAUUACUCUACUUCCCCAAAGGUCGACUACAAAUCUCCACCUCCCCCAUAUGUUUACAGCUCCCCACCACCACCUUAUUACUCUCCAUCGCCAAAAGUCGACUACAAGUCUCCACCUCCACCAUACGUCUACAGCUCCCCAUCACCACCUUAUUACUCUCCUUCCCCACAGGUAGACUACAAGUCUCCACCUCCACCAUACGUCUACAGCUCCCCACCACCACCUUAUUACUCUCCUUCCCCGAAGGUCGACUACAAAUAUCCACCUCCCCCAUAUGUUUACAGCUCCCCACCACCACCUUAUUACUCUCCAUCCCCAAAAGUCGACUACAAAUCUCCACCUCCCCCAUACGUCUACAGCUCCCCACCACCACCUUAUUACUCUCCUUCCCCAAAGGUCGACUACAAGUCUCCACCUCCACCAUACGUCUACAGCUCCCCACCACCACCUUAUUACUCUCCUUCCCCAAAGGUUGAUUACAAGUCUCCACCACCACCAUACGUAUACAGCUCCCCACCGCCACCAUAUUACUCUCCAUCUCCAAAGGUCAACUACAAGUCUCCACCUCCACCAUACGUGUACAGCUCCCCACCACCACCUUAUUACUCUCCAUCCCCAAAAGUCGACUACAAGUCUCCACCUCCACCAUACGUCUACAGCUCCACACCGCAACCUUAUUACUCUCCUUCUCCUAAGGUCGACUACAAGUCUCCACCUACCCCAUACGUCUACAGCUCCCCACCACCACCUUAUUACUCUCCUUCUCCUAAGGUCGACUACAAGUCCCCACCUCCCCCAUACGUCUACAGCUCCCCAUCACCACCUUAUUACUCUGCUUCUCCGAAAGUCGACUACAAGUCUCCACCUCCCCCAUACGUCUACAGCUCCCCACCACCACCUUAUUACUCUCCUACUCCGAAGGUCGACUACAAAUCUCCACCUCAACCAUACGUCUACAGCUCCCCACCACCACCUUAUUAUUCUCGUUCUCCAAAGGUUGAUUACAAGUCUCCACCACCACCAUAUGUCCCUAAGACACCCUACUAUUGAAUUGUUUCAUAACCUAGCAUGGUUGCAAUGAUUUUUUUUAUGGCUUUUGUCCCUUGUUACACCCUUUUUCU